AUCGCCGCCUCUGGAAGGCCCGACUCGCUCAGUCGCGCAGCCGGCUGAGCCGGGGACUCCAGGCGCGGAAGCUAGGGGACAGAAGGACAGAGGCUCCCAGAGACAGCGCCGCCCCACGCGCUCGGCGCUGGGAGGAGGUCGGACCUCGGAGCCCCCGCGCUGCCGGCAGCGCCUGGGUUCGCUCUGCGGAGCUGAGGCAGUGUCUGCGCGCGGCGCGCCGGGUUUGCCUCUCCCGAGCUUCCGCACCCGCCGGAGCUGCUCGCACGUCCGCCACCUGUCUGCCCUCUCGCCUGUCUCGCCACCAGCUCUGUCCUCGGCCCUGGCCUCUCACGGCCGCAGGUGCUCCAGAGUGCACCAAGGAACGCGGCGGCCGCGGCCCACCGGGCAGGGCUCGCGGGGCGCACGGCUCGGCACCGGCCCAUGAAGCUCCCCGGCGCGGGGAGCGGCAGCGCCGGCCGGCCAUGGGGGGAAGCCUGCGGGUGGCCGUUCUGGGCGCCCCGGGCGUGGGCAAGACGGCCAUUAUCCGCCAGUUCCUGUUCGGUGACUACCCUGAGCGCCACCGGCCCACCGAAGGGCCGCGCCUCUACCGGCCUGCAGUGCUGCUCGACGGCGCCGUCUACGACCUGAGCAUCCGCGACGGCGACGUCGCUGGCCCUAGCCCAAGCCCGGGGGGUCUCGAGGAGUGGACAGACACUAAGGAUUGGAGCUUGCAGGACACGGACGCCUUUGUGCUGGUCUAUGACAUCUGCAGCCCGGACAGUUUCGAUUACGUGAAGGCCCUGAGGCAGCGCAUCGCUGAGACCAGGCCGGCGGGCGCACCCGAAGCGCCCAUCCUCGUGGUAGGAAACAAGAGGGACCGGCAGCGGCUGCGCUUUGGACCGCGACGCGCGCUGGCAGCCCUGGUGCGCAGGGGCUGGCGCUGCGGCUACCUGGAGUGCUCAGCUAAGUACAACUGGCACGUGCUGCGCCUCUUCCGUGAGCUUCUGCGCUGCGCUCUGGUGCGUGCGCGCCCUGCACACCCGGCCCUACGUCUGCAGGGGGCGCUGCACCCUGCUCGCUGCACCCUCAUGUGACCAGAUAAGACGCCGCCGCUUAUGGGUCUUGCUUUUGACUGGAAGAGCCAGGGACCUGGAUUGGACGAGAUCGCUCAACUUCACUUAGACCGGACAGGGCAAAGUCUCCUCCCUGACUGGCUGAGGAAAGUUCCCACGCAAUCUCCCAGGCGACGGACGUCCUUUUGAACUUCAUUGGACCCAGCCAGGUCCCAAGCCCCAUUGGACUCAGUCCUUUCUGGGACCUCAUUAGGUCACGGACCCAUUGGAUGGAAAGGACUUGGCUAUGAAUCUGAUUGGCAGCUCUCAGACUGCUCUUGGAGCUUCAUUGGACAUAUUCUUUUUUUUUUUUUUGUAGAGACAGAGUUUCACUUUAUCGCCCUCGGUAGAGUGCCGUGGCGUCACACAGCUCACAGAAACCUCCAACUCCUGGGCUUAGGCAAUUCUCCUGCCUCAGCCUCCCGAGUAGCUGGGACUACAGGCGCCCGCCACAACGCCCGGCUAUUUUUUGGUUGCAGUUUGGCCGGGGCCGGGUUUGAACCCGCCACCCUCGGUACAUGGAACUGGCGCCCUGCUCACUGAGUCACAGGCGCCGCCACAUUGGACAUAUUCUUUAUGCCGCACCUCUUGCGCGGUAAUAAAAGGGAAAACAAUGUGAGUUCACCUGGGAUUUCUGGGCUGGGCAGGAUAAUCUUUUUUCUUUUUUUUUGGUCAUUUUUUUCUUUGGGCAGGAUAAUCUUAAGC